CAGAAAACAUGGAGUCACAAAAAUAACCCCAAACAAUAAAAUUCAAGCAAGUAGUAGUAGGAGCAGAAGAAGCAUCCGGUUCAAAUUGGAUCAGCAAACCUCCACCGAAAGUGCUUCGAUGCGGCAGUUGCAAAUGCGUGUGUUACAACGGGGGUGUUGUUACGUAAGCUCAGAAGAAGAAGAAGACAACGAUGACUUCCAGAUCUUAACUAAAAUUCCUGAGGACACCAUUGAGGAUGAUAACGACCCCAAAACGCACGUUUCUAAAUCUAACAUUGAUGGUGAUGGUGAUGGUGCUGGUACUGAUGAUGGUACUGCUGCUGGUGCUGCUGCUGCUGAAAAGGAAGAUCCGCGACCCAAUAAGAUGCUUAGAUCCACCAUUGUUAACUCUGUUUCUAAACGAGGAUCUAACAACAUUGAAGACGCUGUUGAUGUUGCCGAUAAAGAAAUUCAAGACCUAAAGGACGAAAUUGAAGAAUUUUGCAGGGACUAUGAUGAUGUAAUAUCUAGCACCGACCUGAGGACCUUACAUACCAUAAAAAAACUGUUGACAGUAGGAACAGUACUGACGCCAGGAGACUACAGGGCCUUACGUCCCAUCAGGGGGCAAUUCAUGUGGGGAGCCUUUAAUCUAAUGCAACGGUAUCGCUUUUUGCGUGAAACUUGUCAAAAAACACUAAAAGUAUUAUUGAAGAUGAUGACUACAUUUACGGUGCGGGGUACAUAUUAA